AUGGCCAUCUACGGUGGUGCAGCGCCUUCGCUGGCGGGCAGUGUCAUCAUGUUGACGACGCUGGCAUUAUUGACUUAUGGCCUGCGGGUUUACUGCAGAGUGACCAGGAAGUCAUGGAGUGUGGAGGAUUGGAUCAUGACGGCUGCAUUGGUGCCUUUCGCCGUGCUAGUAGCUGGAUGUCUUGGUGGUGCUUUCAAUGGCAUUGGUAUUCGUGAUUCUGUAUUGGCAGAGCCACAGAAUGUCAAAUACCAAGGAGAAGGACAGAAGUUUUUCCUCAUUUUCGAAGUCGGUUACUGUUCUGCCAUUAUUCCCAUCAAGCUCAGUAUCAGCUGGAUGUUGAUCCGAGUGGCCGAGGGUCGCAAAGCGUACCUCUAUGUGCAAUACGUGGUGAUUGUUGUCUUUGUGCUGAUGAAUAUCAUCGCAUUGAUCUUUAUUUUGAUCAACUGCAUCCCUGUUGAGGCGGCCUGGGAUACCUCACUACUCGCCAAGGGAGGACACUGCCAACCAUCCUACGUGUUGGCCGAUGUCUACUACGCCUGCACGGCUGUUAACAUUCUCACUGACUGGGUGACGGCUUUCAUACCUGUACCUCUCCUAUGGAAUGUCCAACUGAACCGCAACACCAAGAUCUCGAUUAUCGGACUAAUGGGCCUGGGUGUCUUCGCCUCUGUUUCCGCCUGCGUCCGUCUCAAAUACACCGUCGCCCUAACCAGCCAAUCCAACUACCUCUACAGCGUCACCAACGUGGUGAUUUGGGGAUUCGCCGAAAACGCCCUGGGCAUGAUCGUCGGCAAUGUCGCGACGUUGCGCCCACUAUUCCGCGUCCUCCGCGACCGCAAGACAUCGUCGAACAACCGAUACAACUCCCGGGGAUACUACAGCUCUCAGCGCACGGGACCGGCUAACCUGUAUUCUCGCAAUUACGAGCUGGCUGAGCAGGGAAAGCACACCAACAAGAUCACCACUACCUCGAUGCCCGAUCAUACGCGACGACCUAGUCAGAUGAGCGAUGGAGAUAGUCAGAAGCAGAUUCUUGCGGGCGGAACUCCUCCGGGCGACACGGAUAUUCUUGUUAGUCGGCAGGUUAUUGUGGCGUAUGAUUAGCAUUGGGAGGUUGGAUGGUUGGAUGGUUGGAGUUGGGGUAUCUUAUACUUUUGCAUAAUUUCCUUUAUGUUAAUAUAUAUAAUUACUACAAAAAAGUCACAUACAAAGAUCUAAUAUCCUUACAAGCAUGAGUGGGCUUAUGGAAGCAGGGUAAGAAUUGGCUUAUGGAAGCUGGGUAAGAAUUUUAAUUUAUUGCUGGGCUAAGCAACGCCAAGCCUUAACGGCUGCAGUGGGGGACUCAAUAUAUGCGCGAGUCAGACAAUCAUUUUAUUACCACGCGGGAAUGUGAUGGAUCAUACGAUCAUAUUUGCACAACGUGGUCAGUUAGAUUAUUCUUUGCUUCUUCUGCAGUCUUCUUGUACUUGUUCUAGAAGUUGAUUAGCCAGUCUGGCACUAGUGCUGGUUUGUGCUGUGGCACCACCACGAACUGCUAUAUUGUGCUAUUG